AUGGUAGGCAAAGACCCUGCCUGCCUGGGGCGGGACUUCAGAGUUUCUCCCCCAGGCCGCGUUGCCAGCUGCUGGAGUUCUACCCAGCCCCGGACCUCUCCCAGGAGAUCACACCUGUACCCAGGGGAUGCCCUUGAUCACCUAGCUCUGGAGGCCAAGAUGGCUUGUGUUCCUGGGUCCCAUGGAACUGUAACAAUGGGAGACACAGUUCCUGACAGAUUACCACUCCCAGGGCACCGCACAGAUAGCCGACUGAAACAAACCCCUAGCCUUUUAGAGAAAGAGGCCUGUUUACUUGUCCAGGAGUUGUGGCCUAAGGAGAAGUCUUGUGGUUUGACACAUUAUAGAGGCCUACAGAGACACCUGAAUGUCUUCAGAUUCCAGAGUUCAGCCUGUAGAGAAGAAUCAAUCUUGUUAAAAACACCAGAUAUGGGAACCAGGGGGCCUGAAGAGGUACUGAAUACGUUUUAUGUCUUCCCUCUUUUUCAGGUCACAGCAGAAAACAUCACCAUGGUCACUGAAUUCUUCUUGCUGGGUUUUUCGAGCCUUGGUGAAAUUCAGCUUGCCCUCUUUGUGGUUUUUCUCUUUCUAUAUCUAGUUAUUCUCAGUGGUAAUGUCACUAUUGUUAGUGUCAUCCGUCAAGAUCAAAGCCUCCACACUCCAAUGUACUUCUUCCUUGGCAUUCUCUCAACAUCAGAGACCUUCUACACCUUUGUCAUCCUUCCCAAGAUGCUCAUCAAUCUCCUCUCUGUGGCCCAAACAAUCUGCUUCAUCUGUUGUGCCAUUCAAAUGUUCUUCUUCCUUGGUUUUGCUAUUACCAACUGCCUACUAUUGGGAGUGAUGGGUUAUGAUCGCUAUGCUGCCAUCUGUCAUCCUCUGCAUUACCCCAUCCUUAUGAAUUGGCAGGUGUGUGGAAAAUUGGCAACCGCUUGUGGGAUUGGAGGCUUCUUGGCUUCACUAACAAUAGCAAAUUUAGUUUUCAGCCUCCCUUUCUGUGGUGCCAACAAGAUCAACCAUUACUUCUGUGACAUCUCCCCAGUCAUUCAUCUGGCUUGCACCAACACAGAUGUUCAUGAAUUUGUCAUAUUCAUCUGUGGGGUUCUUGUACUUGUUGUCCCCUUUUUGUUCAUCUGUGUUUCUUAUAGCUGCAUUCUGAGGACAAUCCUAAAGAUUCCGUCUGCUGAAGGCCGAAGGAAAGCUUUUUCCACCUGUGCCUCUCACCUCACUGUUGUUAUUGUUCACUAUGGCUGUGCUUCCUACAUCUACCUGAGGCCAACAGCAAACUAUGUGUCCAGCAAGGACAGGCUGGUAACGGUGGCAUACACCAUUGUCACUCCAUUAUUAAACCCUAUGGUAUACAGUCUCAGAAACAAGGAUGUACAAGUUGCUCUCAGGAAAGUGUUGGGAAAAAAAAGCAUCUGUACAAUUGUAUAAUUGAAAUAUUGUUAUAUUUUAGAUUCUAUGGUAAAUAAUG